GUAGCGCUCGAGCUCCAUAGAAACUGGUUCCCCGGUUGAGAGUCGGUGCAGGCGGACCAGGGGGCGGACCGGAAGCCGACUGUGCUAGCUGACAGAGCCGCUAGCGGUUGUAUCGGAGGCUCGCGAGCCCCGGUGAAGGAGUAACGUUAGCGAGAAAAACGGGAGCGAAGGUGACGCGAAGGACCGAGAAAGAAAAAAAAAAAACAGAAAGAAGGGGACAGCGAAAAAAGUAAGCGGACUCAGCCACAGGUGGGACUUCGCCGCAGGUAGCACGGCCGUCGUGGAAGAAAAUCUCCAAGGGUCAUGCGGGUUUCUCCGGUCGGUGGACGGAGCGCCGCGUCGGAGCAGUAACAACCGGAGACACCGAGACAAGAAGCCGAACACAGAACACCCAGACCAGCCUCUCAUUCUGUCCGAGCGAGCGGGCUCCCGGUCCGGAGGGAGAGAAGAGCCACCAUGUCCCGGAGGAAGCAGAGCAAACCCCGGCAGAUAAAGCGUUCCCUUGGGGAACUCGACAGCGGUGAGGAGAACACGGCAGACAACCUCAGCCUAUCAGGAGAGGAGGGAGGGGCCUCUGACCCAGAAGAUUCAGCAGAAGGUGACAGCUCCAGCCCAACGGCAUACACACCGCUGUACAACGAAGAACCCAGGACGCAGGACUCGAGAGGAGGACCUGACGAUGAAGACAAAGACGGGGAGGAGCCAGUUCAUCCGACUCACAGCGGCGGAGAAGAGGAAGAGGACGGGGAGGAAGAGGAGGAGGUGUUACAGUGGAAGGGUCCAGAUGAGUUGGAGUUGAGUGAGGAUGGCAGUGACAGCAGGGUGUUGGCUCGCAAUGACCUCGGUAGAGACACGACAUGGGGGCCCUACCCAGGAAUCAUCCAAUCAGAGAGCGGCGCCGAUGACCAGGAGGCAGAAAACCCCAGACUGACUCUGGUGUGCGACAACGCAGACUGUUGGAUCAGUCGACUGGCGUUGACCUCUGACCUCCCAGCGGCCAACUGUACCAUCUACAGCCAAGGUGAUGAGUUGUUCUGUAAACUGAUCAGAGAUCUGGAGGCUGGUGAGAGUCUUCUGGCCUCCCUGUCGCCUCCUUGUGGCUCCUCCUCCCCUUCGCUGGUCCAGCUCUCGCCUCCACUCAGCCUUGUCACCCAGAAACCACCUGUUAUCAAAGAGGAGCCUCUGUUUCCCGCCACCCUGCGCUCAGACAUCCAGCUCCUCCCACAGCAGGCCGGCAUGGCGGCCAUCUUGGCCACAGCUGUCGUCAACAAGGACAUAUUCCCCUGUAAGGACUGUGGGAUCUGGUAUCGCAGUGAGAGGAACCUCCAGGCCCACCUCAUGUACUACUGCGCCAGCCGACAGAAGCAGCCGGCCGCCGCCUCGUCGCCACCACAGGACAAACCCAAGGAGUCGUACCCCAACGAACGCAUCUGCCCCUUCCCACAAUGCAACAAGAGCUGCCCCAGCGCCAGCUCACUGGAAAUCCACAUGCGCACUCACAGCGGUGAACGUCCAUUCGUCUGUCUCAUCUGUCUAUCGGCCUUCACCACUAAAGCCAACUGUGAGCGCCACCUGAAGGUGCACACGGACACGCUGAACGGGGUGUGUCAUGGCUGUGGCUUCAUCUCCACCACCAGGGACAUCCUCUACAGUCACCUGGUCACCAGUCACAUGGUCUGUCAGCCCGGAUCCCGUAGCGAGGUGUACUCUCCAGGGCCAGGUUUACCCAAACUACCACUGUCCAUCGGUCUCAGUCCAGGAGACUCAGGGGUGGUGCUGAAGUGUCAAGUGUGCGGCCACAACUCGGACUCCCCUGCCCAGCUUCAGCAGCACGUACGAACCCACCUCGAAGUCCGGGUCCCGGCUGAAAGGAGCCCCACCCCUCGCCAGAGCACCCCCUCAUCAGUCGACUACUCCCAGCUCCAGCUGUCUCCACAAGCCAGGGAUUCCCUCGCCAGUGUCCCAAAACCAGACUCCUCCAGUCCAGGAGCAGACGGUGCUGCUGCCACGCCACAAGGAUGUAGCCCCCCUGAAGUCCCCAACACCAACCUGAUCAUCAAACAGGAGCCUCAUUCAGACUCCGAGACUGAAGAACAACAGGUGGAGAUGGAGGAGGACGGAGAGAAAACAGAAGCAAAUGGAGGAGACGAGGACCACGAAUCAGGGACGAAGACAAACGAAGGGCAAACCUCUAACUCCUCCUGCCAGACGUCAAGCUCACCUAAGAGUCCAGCCCCCACAGCUGUCAAGACAGAACCAACUAGUCCCACACCUGGUUCUAGCCCCGCCCAUGUGGGAGGAGCCGGCUCAGUUCUUCCAGGAGGAGCGUUGUUUCUGCCGCAGUACAUGUUUAAUCCGGAGGCGGCCAUUUUGCCUCAAGCCUCAGAAAUUCUGGCUAAGAUGUCAGAGAUGGUCCACAGCCGUCUCAAACAGGGCCAGGCAGUUCCUCAGAACAACCCCGCUGCCUUCUUUCCCUCUGGACCGACUCCACCUACAGCCUCAGCCACUCCACCACUCCACAAAGGAGCGACCUGCUUCGAGUGUGAUAUCACCUUCAACAACAUCAACAACUUCUAUGCACAUAAAAGACUGUACUGUUCCAGCAGGCACCAAGCAGAAGGUGCAACAUCAGCGGCUGCCGCAGGAUCCACUAGGGAUGGAACUCCAGCCGCAGUGCCUUCUGUUGGAGCACACGGCUCUUCGGCAUCUCCUCAGGGUGGAUCAGCGAGCAGAGCAGCCUCCGCAUCUCCUCCUGAUUCUGAUCCUGCUGCAGCAAGUGGAGCAGCAGAAUCCAGGAGGCCGGUGGAAGUUAAGGUUGAAAAGGUGAAGGUUGAGGGAAUUUCAUCUUCCUCUGAGGGAGAAGGUGGCGGUGGAAGUGUAGGAGGAGCAGCAGGAGGAGGAAGAGCAAGUGAAGGCAGCCAAAGUCCUGCCAGUGGUUCUGCUGAAGACCUGGAAGAUGACCCCAACAAAACCUUCUGCGAGGCGUGCAACAUCCGCUUCAGCCGCCAUGAAAACUAUACUGUUCACAAACGCUUCUACUGCGCAUCACGCCAUGACCCGUCCAACCAACGAUCUGUUCACAUGGCCAAGGCAACCACUAAUGCAGCCUUCCUUCCCCAACCCAUCCGCACCCGCAAGAGGAAGAAGAUGUAUGAGAUCCACAUGGCCAGGACCGAGGCCUUGGCCAACGCUGCUGCAGCGGCUGCAGCUGCUGCCACCGCUGCCGCCUCUGCUCCAUCACCAUCUGUUCUCGGUUUGGCGGUGAAGCAGGAAGUUUCCCCCAAUGGAGCGGAGGGCUCCAGUCCUGAUGGAGACGGUCCGAUCGACCUGAGCAAGAGGCCCCGUCUGACUGAGGUUCCACGCCACAGCGGCAGCAGCAGUAUCCUUCCUGCGCUUCCCCUCACUGACUAUCACAAGUGCACCGCCUGCAGUAUCAGCUUCAACAGCAUUGAGAACUACUUGGCUCAUAAAACCUACUACUGCCCCGCCACCACCCUCCAACCACACACCAUGGAGCAGUUACACCGGCUCAAGAGAUCGGCCUCCACCUCUCCCAAAAGCCGACCACAGCAAGAGCGUCAGGACCUCCUGCAUCCGAUGGAGGCUAAACCUCUCCCUGCCGAGUGGGUCGCCGCCCAGGCUCAAAGCACAUCAUCCAGUCCUCGGCCCUCCACCAUACCUCCUUCUGACGCCACGUCUCCUCCUCAUACAACCACCCCACUUGCUGCUACCCCAGGAGCUGGAGCCAAAGGCACUGGUGCCAGCACCUCCCAAGUGGUUUGCCCAUACUGCCCAAACAGGCCCAUAACCUGUGAUUUGGUGGAGCACUUCAAAACUAUUCACGGAUUGGUUGUAAAAGUUGAGUCACCGCAUGAGGACCUCCCCCAGUCAGCCAGUGGGGUCAGCCCCAGCCUUAGCCCAAGGGAUGGACCCAGCGCCGCUGCCUCCUCCGUCACCCCGACCAGCCAACCCCGACUGGUCUCCAGAGUCCACCGGGAUAGUGUCAACGGCCAGGCAAGGAGCGGCCCCACCUCCCCCUCCUCUCCACUGGUGAACGGUAGCCCCUCAGGGGAGGGUGGCUCCCCUUCAUCCGUCUCCCCUCUGCCGGUGUCCCCGUCCAGGGCAUCUUCUCUGACUUUGUCACCUGUGCCUGAGGUCCUGAGGGAGGCCGUCGGAACGUCCCAUCCUCUGGACAAGGCCACUGUGACCCAUCCCGUCCCCAAAACCCCAGUGAUCUCCCCGGUCCAGAACGGUAACUCCCGCUACUGUCGGCUGUGCAACAUCAAAUUCAGCAGCCUGUCCACGUUCAUCGCCCAUAAGAAAUACUACUGCUCCUCCCACAGCGCCGAGCACGUCAAGUGAGCUGAGAAACUCCUCCUACUCCUCCACCCCUUCCUUUCUGUUCCUGGGUGGAGGCUUUCCCUCAUUCACUUCUCCCUUCUCCUGUGCCAGUCCUUCCACUCGGGUGCUUACGUGGCCCUCAGGUGGCGUCGAGUGACACUGAAUGACUGUUACUCGCCUGGUGGGGCGGAGCCGAACUGACGCCCACCUGCUCCACAGGACAGUCUGUAGGUGGGGUUACUAAAAUACAGAAAACUGCGAUAGCGCCUCCUAUGGGUCAAAGUUUGUAGAACACUAAGAGCUGAGACGGAAGCUACCGGAAUACACUCAGUCUGUGUUCUCGUCCCCUUCAACCGCCGCCUGUCCUCUACGACUUUUCUUCAUCACAUUACGAGGGAUGUUCACGCCCACUGUGUCUCUUCCACGACUCAACUCUGAUUACGCAUUAGUCUUUCCUCGAGCUCCUGAUGUUCCAGACCUGAACGGAGGAAUGGUUCCUUGUGUGGAAAAGACUUGAUCAUUGUUAAUGUUUUUAUUAUCUGUGCAUAGUGUAUGAUGUCUGAAAAAAAAAGAAGAAUUCUAUAAUGCUUUUGGUUUCAACACUGGCUCUUUUUGCUUACUAGAGAAGCUAAAGCGUUUUUAGCUGAAAAACAAAUACGUGGCAUCACAAUGUUACUAAUUACUGAAGGAUAAUAUUUCAAAAAUGGACAGUUUUGCUUUUCUUUCAUACACACAAAUUUUUAUUUUCUCUUUAAAAUGCAAGGGAGAAAAAAAAUGUGAAAUAUUUAUCUUUUAGUCCUCACUGAUUUCAUGUCGACAGAAAACUACCUACCUAGUGUCUGAGAGUAUUUGUAUUUUUUAUUUGUAUAUUUUUCAUACUGUUGGAAGGAACUGUUUGGAUCUAGGUGUGUUGAAGUGUAUUUUCUAAGUGUAGAUAUGUAAUAUCUUCUCACAGUAAUCACUGGGAUCACCCUGAACUUUAUCAUGUUCUGUUUAUUUGUUCGGCGCUGAUUAGAUCAGAACAGCUUUCCCACAAACGCUCAAAGUUCAAGCACACACUUCUGAUACUGUUGCUUUUAUACUUGGGUGAGAAUGAUUUGAUGCUUUACAGUCAAAACAUUUAGAGCAAAUUAAUAAAUAAAUAAACCCUCCUCAGCCCCAGACCAGUAACACACAGCUUUACAGGCCUUUAAACACAGACAUGUCAGUGUUUCAUCUGAUUUUUUAGUGUUUUUCUGUUCAAUGAUUGUGUUUCUAUCCGGUGAUGAAGGCCCAGAUGUGAAAAAAAGCCACUUCUUCUAAAAACUUGUCACAGGAGAAUAAUCACACACAUAAAAUCCACUUGUUGUGACUCGUGCUGUUUGUUGCAGAGAUGCUUUUUCUCAUGUUAUUGCUUUCUCUGUCACACACAGUUUACAUUAAUUUCCCAUGAUGCUGCUGUUGUCGAUGCAGUACAGUAUUAAAAACAACUGUGAAACUGCUUUUACAUGAAUGCGAACUUGAAGGUCCGGUGUUUAAAAUUUAAGGGAUUUAAGGGAGAAUAAAAAUAAAGAAAUUGAGUAAUAAUCAUAGUUACGUUUUCUAUUCGUGAUUUCACAAAAAUGUUCCUUCUAAAGGGUUACCGUCAACUACAGGAUAUGAGUGAUUAUCUCUGUCAAUAAAAAGCCCAGAACACAUGAAACAAGAGGAUUUAUACGUUUUUAGUGCCCACUAGGGAUUUUCCCUUGGCUGCAAUCUGCAACUUCACCACUAGAUGUCAUUAAAUAUCACACACUGAACCUUUAAACAACAGCUUAUGUUGGAAAACUUUGAUCGACUACUAAAUUUAAGCCACAAACUUGGUUGUUUCGAUGCCGUUUUUCCAAAAAUAAUACAAUAAGAGAACGUUACAAGACAUUUAAGACAGUAACUAAAUUCUAAUAAACUUCAUCUGAACCAUCAUGAGUCGGGCUGAGGAUCGAUUGCAAAUAUUUAACACAGAUACCUUCCCCAAAAGUACCGCUUAGAUAAAAAAUUACAAACACUAUGACUAAAAAUGUUUCUUAUUGAUAAUUAUCACAUUUAUGUAAAAUCUUUUCAGUUUAAAGGCUGAUUUUUGAUCCUGAGUAAAAGUAAAACCAAAACGGUUAUUUGUGGAGCAAAACAUUCUGUUUUAUUGCUAAGGUACAAAUUUUAACUUUGCUGUAGGGCUGCAGCUAUCGAUUCUUUUUGAAGUCGAGUAUUCUACCAAAUAUUUCAGCGAUUAAUCGGAUUUCAGCAUCAAGCGUCAUUGAGACUCAUUAUUAUAGACGACACGUCCUAACCAGCGCUGCUGUGUUUCUCAGUUAGCAUUCACGUUAAAUUGGCUAAUGUUGAGUGACAGAAAGGCCUUUACCUUGUACUGGCCUCAGAUUUGGACUUACACACAUUACAUGCGAUUCUGGGUUUUUUUUUUUAAUUUGAAGUGAUCUCAAACUUUGGACAUAUUUUGUCUUUUGCGGUCUGUCUCCUCACCCUCGUCCAUUUCACCAACUCUUGACUCUGAGUCACAUGCGUCACUGUUUACAGUCCGUGUAGAACAGUGACUAUUUAAAUGAAAUGAAUAAUUAAAGGAAUACUUGAAGUGAAUAAAAUGAUUCGAAGAUUUUUUUUGAUACUCGAAUUACUCGAGUACUCGUUGCAGCUCUACUUUGCCAUUUCAGUUCAUUUGGAUUUUUCUACUUAAAUUCCAUAUCUAAUUAUAUUUUUCACACUCGAUACCAUUAAAUUCGGUUCUCAGCCCUGUUCACGAGUUACUAGAAUGUACGUUUCAUGGAUGAUUUUCCAUUUGAUAGAAGGUUCCGAUGCAGAUGUCUGUACCUGGAACUUUAAAUAAUGCUGUAACACAGAUCUGGAUGUUUUUAUAUCACUAGUGGCAGUACCCAGGUCUUUCACUUAAACACAUUUUAAUCACUUUUUUUUUUGUCUUAAAUUGGGAUAGAAUUAACCCUUAAACAUCCACUGUUUUAAUUGAACGUAAACCCUCAAAUUAUGGAUAAAGUUGGGAUUAAAAUAGAAGAAUCAGACUAAAAUAUAGAUAUUCAACUUGAUUUAACAAACAACAUCUUCUAGUUUCUGUGUUCAAUGUGGCUGAAACAACAUAAAUAUUUACUAUAUGGACAAAAGUAUUGGGACAGGAAUUCAGGUGUUUGUUUUCUAACAUCAUAAAUGUUAUAAUAUAUUUUCAUACUGAGAUAAAUAUCAUUGCAUCGGUUAGUUUGGUUUAAAUUAAACUUAAAUUCUGCCUACAUUGAUAUUUUUUAAGAUUUAUUUUAAAUGUAAGAUGUGAAGAAAGUAGAUGGUUAGCUGUGGUAAAAAAAAAAAAAAAACAACUAUUACUUACAGCAGAGCAUGAAAA